AAAAGGCAAUUGCUUCUCCCCUGGGGCAAAAUGACACGUUGACAGUUGAGUUUUGACGUGCGAACGCUCGGAAAGUAUUCCAUUCCAAGGAGCAAAGUGAAAGGCAGGAAGGUAGAGCUGCAUUAGCCUUAUUCGCAGCCUCGCUGUGUUCGUGAUUCAGCUUAAAGAUACAGCACCGCGAUGAAGAUCCUGAUGCGAGCGGACACCCAUGUGCCCUUCGCCGUGCCCGUCGAGCAGCCCAAGGCCAUUUGGACCUUCUCCCAGGUCUUGGCUGCUCUGAGCGUCUCGCUGGGCUCCCAUGUGGUCGGAUUUGUCACCUCCUAUACGUCCCCUGCUCUUGUGUCGAUGACCGAUCCUAGUAUCACCUCAUUUGAGGUCACCAAAGACGCUGGUUCCUGGGUUGGUGGCAUCUUGCCGCUGGCUGCAUUGUUAGGUGGCAUAGCCGGGGGACCCAUGAUCGAAUAUCUGGGCAGGCGCAACACCAUUUUGGCCACCGCGGUGCCCUUCAUCGUAUCAUCGCUGCUGAUUGCCUGUGCUGUGAAUGUGGCGAUGGUUCUGUGCGGUAGAUUCCUGGCUGGAUUCUGCGUCGGUAUUUGCUCUUUAUCCCUGCCCGUCUACCUUGGUGAGACCUUGCAGCCGGAGGUGCGAGGCACUUUGGGUUUGCUGCCUACGGCCUUUGGUAACAUAGGCAUCUUGGUCUGCUUCGUGGCGGGAUCCUUUAUGGACUGGUCGAUGCUUGCCUUCCUGGGAGCAGCUCUGCCCGUUCCUUUCCUGAUUUUGAUGUUCCUGAUACCGGAAACACCGCGCUGGUAUGUGAGCCGUGGUCGCGAGGAGCGUGCCCGAAAGGCUUUGAGCUGGCUGCGUGGCAAGGAGGCGGAUGUGGAGCCCGAGCUGAAGGAUCUGAUACAAUUCCAGGCCGAUGCCGAUCGUCUGGCCACGCAGAACACCAUGUUGGAAAUGCUGAAGCGCAACAAUCUGAAGCCAUUGUCGAUUUCCUUGGGUCUGAUGUUCUUCCAACAGUUCAGCGGUAUCAAUGCGGUUAUCUUCUACACGGUGCAGAUCUUCAAGGAUGCAGGAUCCACCAUCGAUAGCAAUAUCUGCACGAUCAUUGUGGGUGCGGUUAACUUUGUGGCUACGUUUAUAAGCAUCGUUCUGAUUGAUCGGACGGGUAGAAAGAUUCUUCUGUAUGCAUCCGACAUUGCCAUGAUCCUGACCCUGUUCGUUUUGGGCGGCUUCUUCUACUGCAAGGCCCAUGGUCCGGAUGUGUCGCAUUUAGGUUGGCUGCCACUCACUUGCUUCGUCAUCUAUAUUAUGGGAUUCUCCCUGGGCUUCGGACCCAUUCCCUGGCUGAUGAUGGGUGAGAUUCUGCCGGCCAAGACUCGCGGAGCGUCUGCUUCGGUGGCCACGUCUUUCAACUGGUUUUGCACGUUUGUGGUGACCAAGACCUUCCAGGACCUCACUGUUGCUUUGGGCGCCCAUGGAGCCUUUUGGCUAUUCGGUGCCAUCUGCGUUGUGGGGGUGUUCUUUGUGAUAUUCUGCGUGCCCGAAACGCGGGGCAAGACACUGGAGGACAUCGAGCGAAAAAUGAUGGGUCGUAUGUCCGCGGCGGCCAACAUCAAGCCAUUGCCCUUCAACAUGUGAACGGCGUGUUGCCAAGGAUCUGAAUAUGCGAUCAAACCAAAUACUAGACUAGUGCCUUCGGUGCUUCGGUGAUCCUGAGAAGACGUGAAGCCUAUGACCCUAUCCACGUGCUCUGAUAUUGUCCUAGCUAACUUGUGAUGUUAUAAUUAUUUAAAAUCAUUGAGUGUAUACUUUUAUUAUGUAAAUUAUAAUUUCUGGCACUAA